CGGGUCCGUGAAUCGGCUGAAAAGUUGGUCAACAAGCAGCUUUCAGCUCUGAGCCCGGGACUUCUUCUUCUUCUGCUUCUGCUGUUCGGACCGCGGAUUAUCCGUCCCCCGUUUACUCUCGGUACCGGCCGUUACAGACCCGUUCCUACCGGCUUCUACCGACCGAAGUACGAUGAGUGUUUUCACCGUUUGGCGCUGAAAGCGGAGAGUUUGCGCUAUCGGACCGUGAACGCCUCACUUCCAUGUGGGCAGAGUAACAAAAGAUCCGAACCCGCCGCUCGGUGCCUCCGCUCGGCCUGACCCCGCUGCUUCCCGCCCAGCGCUCCGGUUGUAGUCUGCCGGUGGACGGUAACUCUCCGUGUCUCAUCCUCGAACUCUGUGAGCCGGUUUCCCUCCUUUUCUGUCGGUGUUUGUGUGAAGCGCCGCCGGUGGACGCGGGGCUCCGGGAUGCCGCUCCUCCACAGAAAAGCCUUCAUCCGGCAGAAACCUCCGGCGGACCUGCGGCCGGACGAGGAGGUCUUCCUCUGCAAGAUCACACACGAGAUCUUCAGGACCUACGACGAGUUCUUCGAGCGGACCAUCUUGUGUAACAGUUUAGUGUGGAGCUGCGCUCUGACGGGCCGAGCGGGCCUCACCUACCUGGAGGCGGUGGAGAGCGAGCGGCGGGCGAAGCAGAGCCUUCAGAGCUUCCCUCCGGCUCUCGUGGUGCCUCUGCUCCACCUGGCCGCUCUGAGCCGCCGCUGCCGGCUGACGGAGCUCUGCGAGGACGUCCACGCCUUCGUCAAAGACCGCUUCUUCCCUGGAGAGACGGUGGACGUCACCGUGCGCAACGGAGCCAGACAUGUGUGUGAGAUCCUGCAGGUUCACUCUCCUCAUUCCAGCGCUAACGGAGCGCCGGCCGCUAAUGGCCAUGCCAAACCGGCUGACGGUGACGCCAUCAUCAUCAGUGACAGCGACGACGAGAGCAAAGCCUUCCAGAGUCCCACGGCAACCAUCAAUGGCAGGAAGAAGAAGCCUCUGAGUCCGUCAGUGUUUAAAUACACAGUGAGGAUGAUGAAGGACGAACACAGUGAGCCGUUCACUGUCAAAGCCAAUCAGAUCAGUCGUAGGAAGACGACUGUAUCCAAAGAGAGACUGAAGCUGCUGUUUAAACAACACUGUGAACCUGUGAAUGGAACCAUUGCACUGAAGCCCUCCACAGUGGCGAAGUUCCGGCUGUCUGAACAAACCUUCUCUCAGUUUUUCCCUGAUGAGCCCCCUCAGUUCCCCUUCAGCCCCCCCCCUAAGGGUGGAGGGCGGGGCUCACCUGGACAGGCGGGGUCGUCACUGCUGAAGGCGGCGGAGAAGUUGAAGCUGCUGCAGCAGAGGGAGGAGAUGGCAGCCGCAGCUCAGGACAAAGCUCGGCUGAAGAAGGAGAAGGAGGAGGCGCAGGAGGCUAAGAGGAGGGAGAGGGAGGACAAAGAGAGGCUGAAGGAGGAGCAGAGGAGGAGGUUUGAGGAGGAGAAACAGAAGAGGAGGGAGGAGAAGGAGCGCAGGAAGCUGGAGAAAGAGAGGGAACGUGAGAAGCUGAAGGAGGAGAAGAAGAAAUACGCUGAACGACUGAAACUGUGGAACAAACCCAGAGAAGACAUGGAGUGUGAAGACCUGAAGGAUCUUCCCAGUCCGGUUCCAGUGAGGACCCGUCUUCCGGCAGAGUUGUUUGGAGAAGCUUUGAUGGUUCUGGAGUUCCUGCGGGCCUUUGGCGAGGUCUUUGACCUGAAGGACGAGUUCCCUGAUGGAGUCUCUCUGGAGGUUCUAGAGGAGGCUCUGGUGAGUUCUGACCCUGAAGGCCCUCUGUGUGAGCUGCUGUUCUUCUUCCUGUCGGCCAUCUUUCAGGCUCUGGAUGAGGAGCAGGAGGAGGUGGCUAAAGACCAGGUUGAAGACCUGUCGGAGGCUCUGGAGGACGACUCUGAUGCCACUCAGUCGGCUCUGAGCGCCGUGGCUUCGUUGGCUGCGGCAUGGCCUCAGCUGCAUCAGGGCUGCAGUCUGAAGCAGUUGGACCUGGACAGCUGCACGCUGUCAGAAAUCCUGCGGCUGCACAUCCUGGCAUCCGGCGCCGACUGUUACCACGGCAACGCCAAGUUCCGCUACCAGAAGCAGGGCGGGUUCACGCUGAUGGACGACCCAUGUGUCGAGCUGCGAUUGGCCGAGCCGGCGCUGCUGAAGAGGCUGUCGAGCACACCGGUGUACGACCUGACACCAGGGGAGAAGCUGAGGAUCCUGCAGGCUCUGGUGGGGAAGCUGCUGACGUUGGCGUCCAGCAGAGAUCUGAUUGAAGAUUGUGUGGAGGAGCAACGAGCCGCCAGACAGGAACUGAGAGAGAUUAGAGCUGAACAACACCGCAGAGAGAGAGAGGAGGCCGCACACAGGGUUCGUCUUCGUAAAGAGGAGAAGCUGAAGGAGCAGGAGCAGAGGCUGAAGGAGCAGGAGCAGAGGUUGAAGGAGCAGGAGGAGAGGCUGAAGGAGCAGGAGGUGAAGGGAGGCCUCCAAACAAACAGUGAGACUCCUGUAGGACGAACCGCUGAGGAAGACAAGGAGCAGAACUCUUCGUCCAACAACAGCAAGAAAAUGAUGAAAGCUAAACUCAACCAGAAAGACAAACAGCAGCCGAUGAGCUCUGACCCCAAAGCACCUGCCUGCCCCCCCACCAGCCUGACUGCAGAGGAGCUGGAGAGCGAGCAGGAGAAGGUUCGAGAGCUGCAGGAGCGGAUCCAGAAGGCAGCGGCCUGCACCUGCCUGCUGCCUCUGGGCCGAGACCGUCUGUACCGCCGCUACUGGCUCCUCCCCUCGGCCUCCACUCUGUUUGUAGAGGACGACUGCUUCGGCCUGACGGAGGACAUGCUGCACCCGCGCCCUAAACCCAGACAGGACCCCACAAUCAAGAUGGAGGACGAGGAGGUGGUGAAGGAGGAGGCUGCAGAGGGAAGCGCUGGCUCAAGCCCCGCCCCCCUCCUCACCUGUGCACUGCCACUCAAACGUCCCAACCAGUGGUCCUUCUACAGCUCGCUGGAGGAGGUGGAUCAGCUGAUCGAGGCUCUGAACCCUCGGGGUCACCGGGAAAGCAGCCUGAAGGAGGUGCUGCUGCAGGAGAGGGAGAGACUGCAACACCUGCUGCAGGACUGCGACAGGAACAAAUACAGACACACAGACGAUCCAGAGUCAUCCCGAUCUGUCCCAGAAUGCACUGCUGCAGCUGAUGUUCUGAUGGAGGUCAGACUGAGAGACCUGCUGCUGGACAUUGAGGACCGAAUCCACCAGGGAACUCUGGGAACUUUAAAGGUGAUGGACAGACAGGUAUGGCGCUCGGCACUGGAAGCAGGAAACUACGAGCUGCUGUGUUCUGACGGCAGAGACAACGGAGGGAUGAACGGAAGAGAGGACGCCAUGGAGGUGGACUCACCUGCCCACCUGAGAGCCAGAGACAGGCUGCAGGAGCUGAAGUCUAAUGGCGCGGCCUCGUGCAGCGGCAGUGGGACUCCUCAGGUGGUCAGCAGCUCGGUACGAAUCCUGGCUCAGGCCCUCGUUCACAUCGAGCAAGGCAUCGAGAGGCGCUUCCUCAAAGCUCCGCUGGGUGAGGAAGACUCAAAGAAAGACCAGAAGACGAAGAAGAACAAGAAGAAAGACGAGGACCAGGCCAGUGACGAUGGUAGCGAAAGCGGUCGGGUCAGUAAGACAGUGUUGGAGCGAUGGAGGGAAUCUCUGCAGUCCUGCUCCAGUCUGUCUCAGGUGUUUGUCCACCUGUCCAGUCUGGAGAGAAGCGUCCUGUGGUCUCGCUCCGUCCUCAACGCUCGCUGUCGCAUCUGCAGGCGCAAAGGAGAUGCUGACAACAUGCUGCUGUGUGACAGCUGUGACCGAGGACACCACACCCACUGUCUGAGGCCCCGCCUCAAGUCGGUUCCAGAGGGCGACUGGUUCUGUCCAGACUGUCGACCCAAACAGAGAUCCAGCCGCCUCCCGUCCCGUCAGCGCUCUUCUAUUGAUGAGGAGGAGGACGAAGACGAGGAUGAAGAACAGGAGGAGUCAGAGGAGGAGGAAUCAGAAGACGAAGAGGAGGAGUCAGAGGAGGAGGAGGAGGAGUCAGAGGAGGAGGAGGAGGAAGAGGAGGAGGAAGAAGUAGUAGUAGUGAGCACCAAGAGGAGCCUGGCCCCGCCCCCCAAAGGGAAGAACCAACAGGCCACGCCCAGGGGGCAACAGGCCACGCCCAGGGGGCAACAGGCCACGCCCAAGAACAGCACCACCUCAGCAGGGAAGAACUCAUCAUCAGCAUCCAGGUCCUCAGGGAAGAAGGCCACGCCCCCCACAGUGAAGGCCAACAUGACGUCUGGCGGUAAAGCUCCGCCCCGCUCUGGGAGUCGGGUCAGUGCCCGUCUGAGCCACGAGAUCCUGCCGGCAAACAGCAAGACCUCACCUGGUCAGAGCGAGCCCCGCAAGAGACCGCCAACAGAUGUGGCUCCCCCUCCUAAACCCUCCAAACCCGUCCUCCCCUCCUCCUCCUCCUCCUCCUCCUCCUCCUCCUCAAGCCGGCGCUCCUCUGGCAGGAACCACGGCGUCCACGAGCUGUCAGCCUGCGAGCAGCUGACUGUGGAGCUGGUGAGACACGAGGACAGCUGGCCCUUCAUGAAGCUGGUGUCCAGGACUCAGGUCCCUGACUACUAUGACAUCAUCCAGCAGCCGAUCGCCCUCAGUACGAUCAGAGAGAAAGUGAACAACUGUGAAUAUCAGACAGCAGGUGAGUAUAUCUCAGACGUGGACCUGAUGUUCUCCAACUGUCUGCAGUACAAUCCUCGCCACACUAACGAGGCGAAGGCCGGUCACCGCCUGCAGGCGUUCUUCCACUCGGAGCUCAGCAGACUCGGCCUCCCGGAGCGCGGCGCCACCCCGCCCGCCAAACGCUCCCGCCACUGAACCAAACGCACCCCUCCAAACUCGCCGCCGUCCACUCUGCUGAUUGGUUCUGGGGACGAGCUGCAGUCUGAGCCGUUUUUCCCCUCCCGAUGGACUGACACGGUGACACUCCUUCAUGACCUCUGACCCCCGUGAGGCCGCCGUUGGUGGAGGGCCGGGGUCAGAGGUCAUCGUGGAACAUUAGAAACCUUCUGGAAGAUAGUUUGAGUUGAUGAGUAGAAAGUUGUGGAGUAGAUUUUCCCUCCGACCUGCUGACGUUCAGGGCAUUUCCUUCCUGUCUAUGUGGACGGGAGACAAGUAGCAGACAUUCCUGUGGUGCUGUAGGACAGUGAGACAGGCAGUAGAGACAGUGAGACAGGCAGUAGAGACAGUGAGACAGGCAGUCUGAAACCACUAAACAAACUUCAGCUUUGCACUGACAAUUAAAACAAUCUGAUCGGGCCGUUCGUGUUUGCUCAGGGACAAAAGUUUGGAUCUGAAUGAGAAAUAUUUUCUAACAGUGCAGCUGGUUUUUACAGAGCGUCGCCACGGCAACGAAAUAUCAAAAACCUAUGGAAGUCUGUGGAGGCCAAAAUUCAAACUCAUUGAAAUUUAAAGACGGAAAUUCGUUUUUAUUUUUAUGUUAGAAAUGACUGCCUGGAUAAGCCUAAGCCCCGCCCCCUUUUUGCUCUGUGCUCCAAUCACAGUUGAGCAAGCCUUGACUUCCUCCUUUCCUGCGCUUAGAUAUGCUAUAUGCUAAGCUAAUCUAUGUUGAAAAGACAACAACAGUUUGAAGAUGGUUAAAAGAUUAGAGACAUAAAUAUAGUCACAUCUUAGGUUGGCUAAUGUUAGCACAGUGCUAGCUAACUAGUUUGCUAAUCUACAUCAGUUGUUCGGUACGUAACUAACAUUUUAAUAACAUUAGUUAUCAGUCGUAACUAAUGAUGAAUGUAGUUAGCGUUUUAAUAAAGUUGGAUAUCAGAAAUGCUAGCUAACUCCAUUAGGUAGCGUUUUGCUAACAUUAUGUGUUUUACAAAUAUGUGAAAGUCCGACACUUUUUACGACAUCCUGAUCAUUGACCAAUCAGACGCAAGAUUUUUUUUAACCUUCAGUAAUUCUGUCGUACGCUGUCGGCUCAAAAUGAACAAAAAGUUGAAUUAACUUCUUAUUUUGGCAGCCUCAGACUUCCAUAGAAACCAGAUUAUUUUAAUCUCGAGAUAACAAACUGUUAACGAGGUCAUACAGGCCCCGCCCCUAAACAGGCCCCGCCCCCUGACUUCCUGUUUCCCACAGAAAGUGAUUAAUUGAUUAAUUGGUUGUUAAUAUUAUUAUUGAGAAUUAAAUCAAUCCCUGACCUCAGACCGUUUGUUACCUCGAGGACGUUCACUUUCUUUCAGUGGAUGUCGCUCUUAUGUCUGUAGUUAGCUUAGCUUAGCAUAAAGACUUGAAGCAGAGGGAAACAACUAGCCUGCAGACCUGAGACUGAUCACCCUAACAAAGAAAAUAAUGCACUGUCCCUUUAAGAACCGGAGCUGCUGUGGCCUCUGUGGAUUUGUAGUUUCUUUGUAUUUUGACUACUGCGACGUUUUCCUGCUUUAGGCUGUUUUUUUGUUUUUGUGUUUUUUUGUUUGACGCGUUCUUCUGUUGUUCUUCUUCUGUGAUGUUAGUGCGACUGCUGCAGCUCAGUCAGUGUGUGUUAGUGUGUGUGGAUGGAGGUCAGCUGUGGACACUACACUGGAGCCGCCGCCGCCGCCGCCGCCACUGCAGCGUAUUUAUUUAGUUCAAGUCUGUAAGUUGUUUAUUUAUGAUGGAUAGACGCCUUCUGCCUCCGACGCUCUUUAACCUGUUUGUUGUUCUGAUGUAAAAAUAAAUGACUUUUAUAACCAG